AACGCAGUAAUGGAAUUGAAUUAUUAACAAAAAAAAAUAUCUUUUUUGUAGCUCACCCUAUUUAUUUUAUGACUCUAAAAUUAAAUAAUUUUUAUUUUUUUAAAUAAAAAAAUGUUCAUGUUUUUUACGUAUAAAUUUAUAUUAAAUAUUUUUAGCAGUAUUAUUUAUAUUUUUUUUUUUAGAAUUGAUUAAUGCGAGAAAUAAAGAAAAAAAAAAAAAAUAUGCAUAUAUAUAAUAAUGUAAUAUAUACAUUUACAUACAUAUAAUAUAUAUAUAAUUUAUUAGUUAAAAAAGUACAUUUUCUAUAAGUUCAUUUCGCUUGUUUAAUAGCCUUUUAGUAGCAAUUUCAUGCUUUGCAAAGGCGCUCUUUAACUAUAGAUUUGUUGUUACCAUAUUUACGAAUCGUAAUUAAAGAGGCCGCUACUAACGUUGCAUAGAAAACGUGAAGGCGUUCGAAAAUAUAAUCAUAAUAGGGUUAAACAAAACUGUGUUAUUUUUUUAUCGUACUUUAUAUGUUAUAAGGUAUAUACUGAUACGUAUAUCCAUGAACAUAUAAACUUUGUACACUUGACAGAGUAGAGUUAGAUUAAAUUUUUACCUACCUGAUUUACCCUUCAUUUGCGGUGACCUUUUUAGCGCGAAGUUUUUACAUCAGCUACAGAUAUGGGAAAAGCAAAAAAAAGAAAUACAAAGGAAAAAAAAACUGCUCUUAGCCCCAUUUUAAAAAUAUCUUUAUUUACCUUCUUAGUAUGGAUUGCAAAAUGUUCCAACAAUGAUGGACACUACGAGGGCACAAAUGGCGCGCAUAACAUGGGGAAAUCAGAGACCUUAAGAAAUGGCAGAUUGUUAUCAGAGCAACCCAAAAUAGAAUUCGACUCCGUGUUUAACACAUUCAAAGAUAGUUUUUUAGAUAAAAUGGGAUUAGCAGAUCAGGAACAAAGCCAAAUUAAAGAUAUUAUGCAUUCAUAUUUUAAAAAUUUAGAUUUAGCUGCCUUAGAACGACAGGCUCAACAGAAUCCAGAAAUGUUCCAACAAUUUGCGCCAAAUCCAAAUAUGCCUGGCCAGAUUCAAAUCCCACCCAAUUUGCUCGAACAGUUCCCACCCCCCCCUGGUAUGUUGGAAAAGCUUAAUCUCCCUCCAAAUGUUUUGGAAAAGUUCCCACCCCCACCCAAUAUGCUUGAAGAGUUUCAAAAAGAUCCCAGCAAGUUUGGUCCAUUCGCUCCACUUCCCCAAGAUAACUCCUCGUCCCCCCAGCCCGGCACAAGUACUAGUUCAGACGGAGAACCUCAACCAGGAACUAGUGCAAGCUUUAAUGAAGAGCCCCAACCAGGAACAAGUGCAAGCAUUAAUGCAGAACCUCAGCCAGGAACUAGCGCAAGCUUUAAUUUAGAACCUCAACCUGGUACAAGUGCUAACGCAGAUGGGGAAGCCCAACCUGGUCCAAGUUCGAAGAGUGAUGAUCGUGAGAAGAAAGAUGAUGAUGAGAAGGAUGGCGAUGAUAAGGAAGGCUCCAGUUCGAAGGCAGAUGAUGGUGAGAAACCAGGUCCAAGUUCAAAGGUAGAUGAUGUUGAGAAACCAGGUCCAAGUUCAAAGGUAGAUGAUGGUGAGAAGCCAGGUCCAAGCUCAGGAAUGCCAGGUCCAAGCUCAAGAAUGCCGGAUCCAAGCUCAAGAAUGCCGGGUCCAAGCUCAGGAAUGCCAGGACCAAGCUCAGGAAUGCCAGGUCCAAGCUCAGGAAUGCCAGGACCAUUGCCUCCAUUCCCACCUUUCGCGGAUUUAUUUGCUCCACCUAAUAGUUGUGCAAAUGGAGGACCCCAACAAGGCGGAUGUUCAGGAAUGCCCUUUCCUCCACUAGACGCCUUGGCACAACUGUUUGCAGCAGCAAAUCCAGGCGCAGGAGCGAACAAUAAUGCUGGACCACAAGCAGGGCCAAGUUCGGGAAUGCCAGGACCAUUGCCUCAAUUCCCACCUUUCGCGGAUUUAUUUGCUCCACCUAAUAGUUGUGCAAAUGGAGGACCCCAACAAGGCGGAUGUUCAGGAAUGCCCUUUCCUCCACUAGACGCCUUGGCACAACUUUUUGCAGCAGCAAAUCCAGGCGCAGGAGCGAACAAUAAUGCUGGACCACAAGCAGGGCCAAGUUCGGGAAUGCCAGGACCAUUGCCUCAAUUCCCACCUUUCGCGGAUUUAUUUGCUCCACCUAAUAGUUGUGCAAAUGGAGGAUCCCAACAAGGCGGAUGUUCAGGAAUGCCAUUUCCUCCACUAGACGCUUUGGCACAACUUUUUGGAGGACAAAAUCCAGGUGCAUGCGGAAAUGGGCAACCAUGUGUCCCAAAUUUUAACUUCUUAGAAGAUUUACAAAAGAGUGCAAACUUAUUUGGAGGAGCUCCACAGGGAGGAAAUGCAGUUCCAGGAAAUCUUCGUGGAGCUGAGCCAAACAAGGUUAACAACAAACAAGGUGGAGGACCAAAGGGUAAUAAUUUGGCUCAGGGACCCGGAGUCGUGGUUGAGGAAAUAAAGGAUGAGAAGAACGAAGAAGCUACUACUGUAGGGGGAAAGAGAAAGGAAAAGAAAAGACAAGUAGUUGUGGAGAAUCUAGAUGCAAAUGAUUCCGAGAAUAAAGAUGUAUUUGUAGAUGCCGUAGAAGAACAAGAAGAAGUAUUUGAAGAUGCAGUGGAAAAAAUGGAGGAUAUAAAGCAACCACCUCCACUACCAAAACUGCCACCACAGAAGCCGCAAGUGCAACAGAAGCCGCAAGUGCAACAGAAGCCCCAAAUGCCACAGAAGCCCCAAAUGCCACAGAAGCCCCAAAUGCCCCAAAUGCCGCAAAUGCCCCAAAUGCCGCAAAUGCCCCAAAUGCCCCAAAUGCCGCAAAUGCCCCAAAUGCCGCUAUCCCCAGAUCAGGCAAAUUUUGACCCCUUCGCAAACUUUGGCGUUCCAGAUGAUGAUGAAGAAGAUGUUGAUGAAGAUGAAGAUGAAGAUGAUGAUGAAGAUGAUGAUGAAGAUGAUGAUGAAGAUGAUGAUGAAGAUGAAGAUGAAGAUGAAGAUGAAGAUGAAGAUGAAGAUGAUGAUGAUGAUGAUGAUGAGCGAUUUUUUUGGGCGCACAGUUUUUUCCUUCCACCGAAUAAGGUAAACGAAGAAGAUGCGUACAUAAUAUAUAUAUAA